CCCUGGCGGUGAAGCUGGAAAGUCGCCGCGUCGCGUCCAGAAAUGCUUUUUACUCGUGUAUUCAACUAGAAUGUACGCGGAUUACUAUAAAUGCAUGAACAUGGAUUAUCAGACGAUCUCUCUCUUAAUUUGAUGCUAUGCUUCUCAGCACUAUGCGGGUAUCUAAAAGUAAAAGCAGUGGGGCCGAGGGAUAGCUGGCUCGGAUCCCGGUCUUUCCUGCAUGGGUUGACAUGUACUGGCAGACAAGCUGUCCAGGUGGCAUGUCAGCAAGGCCGUGUGAAACCAGGCCUGAACUGGAUAUGCUCGGUGGCGUUCCGACCUCCGAUCGAUCUGCAUCGUCAAGGAUGCCAAUGGGCCAUACAGCUUUCCGUCAGCGGCCCGAUGAUCGGUCGGGCAUGGCGUGACUGUCGGUUCCGCUCCGGUUGAAAGGGCGACGACAUGGGCCCAAGGUCAAUGGGUUAGUGACGGGCGGA